CAAAAUUAUUGAUGCAUACGGCCACUGAUUGAAAUCUUGACUUCCGGUAAGCAAAACUCGCGGUUCCGGUCACGAAUCCCUCUUUCUUCAAGCCAUACAGCAGCAAGAUGGGUAAGGUCAAGUGCUCUGAGCUGAGGACGAAAGACAAGAAGGAGCUGCUCAAGCAGCUCGAUGAACUCAAGACCGAAUUAACGAAUUUGAGGGUUGCCAAAGUGACAGGAGGUGCCGCUUCCAAACUCUCAAAAAUUCGCGUCGUUCGCAAAGCUAUCGCUCGUGUGUACAUUGUUAUGCACCAGAAGCAAAAGGAGAAUUUACGACUCUUGUUCAAGAAUAAGAAGUACAAGCCCUUGGACUUGAGGCCAAAGAAGACCAGGGCAAUUCGCAGGGCCUUGACUCCCUACCAGGCGAGUCGUAAGACUCUGAAAGAAAUUCGCAAGCGAUCUGCAUUCCCUAUCAGGAAAUAUGCCGUCAAAGCUUAAACACAGUUAAAUUUCUUAUACAAAAAGCUAAAAUAAAAUCUAUCAAUAAAACUAUUCUGCGAUAGUUUAUUUAA